AUGUGGAAGUUUAAGGCCCGCGUGCUCGACGUCUGCGACAGCACUCCCUACAACCGCGACAUAGACCUGUUGUCGUGGCUGGUCGCUCGGAGCUUCGACCUAGAUUGUGCAGUGGACAUGAUGAGAAAGUCGAUGGCGUGGCGCGAGCGGCACGGCGUGAAUCGCAUCCUAGACGAGUGGGAGCCGCCGGCGGCGCUCCUCGAGUUCUUCCCGCGCGGUUACGAUGGGAAGUCCAAGGCCGGCCUGCCACUGUUUAUCGGCUGCUUGGGACAGUUCGACAUCCGGGGCCUGAUCCGUUCGUGUAGGAAGACGGACUUCAUUAAGUUUGCGCUCUACUGUUUCGAGACGGGCGGCCGGCACGUGCUGAACAUCUCCCGGGAGACGGGCGUGCCCGUCAACCAGUUCCUGCUGCUGUUCGACCUGGAGGGUCUGAGCGUGGCUCAGGUGGCGUACAAAGAAGGUUUUGAAUUAUUCCUCGAAAUGACGAGGAUCAUGGAAGCAAACUAUCCCGAAGGCUUGGGAGUUUGCAUGGUGAUAAAUGCACCGCCAGUGUUCACACUGGCCUGGUCGAUGAUCCGGCCGCUGCUGCGUGGCACCACGCAGAGCAAGAUACAGAUAUUCGGACAUACUGGCUGGCAGCAGCGGCUGCUGGAGCUGGUGGAGCCAGACCAGCUGCCAAAGCACUGGGGCGGCUCACUGAUCGGACCCGAUGGGAACCCGCACAACCGGCCGACGGUGUGCAUAGGUGGCGAGGUGCCGUCGAGCUUCUUCCAGGACCCUCACGAAAUGGAAAAACUGGCAGCCCAUGGCCGCAAACUGCACGUGCGCAGAGCCGGCAAGAAAGAGUACAGAAUCGAUGUCGCCAAGCUCAAGACGCAGAUCAGCUGGCGAUUCUGCACGAAAGGCUACGACAUCCUGUUCGGGGUGUACCGUGAAUCUAACGCAGGGAAUGACGAGCUGGUGAUCAAGGAGCGAGUCUACAGCCAUCUGGUGGUGGAGUCUGGCAAACUCGUCUGCUCGGAUCCUGGAGUCUAUAUACUUGAGUUCGACAACUCCUACAGUUACUUCCACGGCAAAGAAGUGUAUCUAGAUGUAGUUGUGGUCUGAGCGUUCGCAAACCCCCUGCACAGCAUCGGCUCAACGCAGAUCACCUGGCCGUCUGCUCAGCAGCCAGACCUGGCGCCUGUACUCACACUCGGGCUCAGCGCAGAACACCUGACCGCCUGCUCAGCGACCAGACCUGGCGCCUGUACCCACACUCGGGCUCUGCACAUAUCACCUGACCGCCUGCUCAGCGACCAGACCUGGCGCCUGUGCUCACACUCGGGCUCCGCACAGAUCACCUGACCGCCUGCUCAGCGACCAGAGCUGGCGCCUGCACCCACACUCGGGCUCAGCGCAGAUCACCUGGCCGGCUGCUCAGCGACCAGACCUGGCGCCUGUGCUCACACUCGGGCUCUGCACAGAUCACCUGACCGCCUGCUCAGCGACCAGACCUGGCGCCUGUGCUCACACUCGGGCCCGCCAGCAUACAUGUGUACGCUCAGCCAGGCGGGGCAACCAAACGCCCUUUAGCCCGCCAGGGGCGUGCGUCACUUAGCGUCACAAAGGGCCGCACGUGCAAUCCCUGACAAGGCGGCCCAGUGGAACCCUCUGUCUUCAUCGAGGUCGAAGAAUGCGUGGAUAUGGGAGAAGUAGCAUAGAUGCAGAUAGAUCCUUCCACAUGUGCAGUCCGCGGCAGCGACGGAUGGAGUGCGUUCAGCGCCGCGCCCGGACGUGGCAGGUGAUGCUUCGUCCCAGAUGGCGCUGACUGCUGAGUUGUGGGCAGAUGGCGCAGUGGGCGGCCAGGUGGCGCGGUGAGCGGCCGGGUGGUGCGGUGAGCGGCCGGGUGGUGCGAUGAGCGGCCGGGUGGUGCGAUGAGCGGCUGGGUGGCCCGGUGAGCAGUCAGGUGGCGCGGUGAGCGUUCGGAUGGCGUGACUCGCGCCGUCGCCAGCGCGCGCCAGCCUCCCGACCAGACUCGCGACCAGUGUUGAAAGGACUAAUGGCGCGGCUGCCAGCUGAUAAGCGGCAGCGGCUCUGGCCAGUUAUAUGCGUGCACGUACGUUUGUACUGUUCAAGAUGAAGCGCGUCAAAUGCGACUUAAUCAGACAUUGUAAGUCCGACAUCUGAGAAGAGCUUUUCAAACCGGGCUUUAGCCAUAAAGGUGUGUUGUGUAAUUGUCGCACGACGUAUAUCGCUCACGAAGAAAAAUAGUUUACUACGUAUGUACUUUUGUCCAAAUUGGAAAUCGGUAUGAUGGCAAUAUAGUAUAAACAAUGUAACGCA